CAACCAUCCCAGCUGUUGUCAUCCCUCAGUGCUGACUAACCCUAUUUGAUUUCACUUGUUUUUGACCCAUCAUGUGUUUUGGUUUCUUCUCCCUAGUCCCUGUUAUACCUCUUCUGCCACCAACGUCAGCAUGUGGUAUCUGCUGGACAUUUAUCCAGGGAGAGGGCAGAAAUGAACAUCCUAUAAAUCAACCAGGAAUUGUGUUGUAAGGGUUAUUCUCUUGUGAGGUUUAUUGCCGAGUUUAAAAUGAGGAAACUGAAGCCUGCAUGAGAACAAUUAGACGCCAAUUUAUUCGGCUCUUGGGUGAGGUUCUGUGGUCCUGGGAAAGAGGCCAGAGAAGUUAUGCCUGACCUCUCUUAGGCAUGAGGCUUUACAGGGAGGGAAGGCGUUCUGAUUGCCUGUGGACAAACAGGACAUGGACGUAGCAAGCUGCUAUUGGUAGGCGGGCAGGAUUUCUGGUGAGCAGGCUAGGUGCGGAGUGCAGAGCUUAGUGCUGAGUUCAGAGGGGAUUUCCAAGGCGGAGCUAGAUAAUGGGCGUAUUCCGGUGACGUAAUUUUCAGGCAGGGAGAGGGAUGGGCGUGUCUGAGCUCCCAGCAAGUCAAAUGGCCUUACAGUGCUCCCAGCUGGCACAGAGCCAACAGCAGUUCCAAGACCUCAAAGAGAAAUUUCUUGUAAGUCAAGCUACUGUCUACUCUCUGGCCAAGCAACUGAAGAGAUACAAGCUGGUUUUAGCCCCCUCCAUUGCGAUGAAGAACCCUCCGCAGAUGGAAGAUGAUCCACUCGAAGGCUCAUCAACCACUCAGUGGCAUCAAGUGCCUGGCAACAUUGAUGCCUCCAGUGUUGCAAAACCCAAGAAGAUCAAACGAAAGCUCCCUUUCAGCAAAUGGUUCUGCUGGACUUCACGCUCCGGGUGCAGAGGUAAUCACUUCUAUGGCUCUGAGCUGCACUCACUUCUUAUUUCUCUCUGUCUAUGGUGACAGCCCAUUCUCCCACUGCUUUUUCUUUUCCAUUUGUUCUCCCCAGGGGCAGCUGUAACCUCUGUCUGGUCUUACCCCAGUGUCCCAUGGGCUCCCAUGCUGCCAGGCCCUUUCUGGCCUCAUCUCCUCAUUGCUCUCUGAACUCUGCUCUAUUCCUUCUUCUGCUGGCUUGACGGUCUCUCUCAUGACCACGGGAAUGCCGGGCCUCAUUGUCCUCAUUAAAGUACACAGUUUAAGCUGCAGAACACAGGUUCCUUGCCUGGAAUUGCCCACUCUCUUCAGAAAUUUAC